AUGUCUAAGAUAAUGCUUGGAUCUCACACGGUGAAGAGCCAUGGAUGGAAUGUGGCUCGAGAACAUCUACGUGACUGGCUCAUCCUCGUCCUCCUCGGUCUCAUCGACAUUGUCCUCAAUGUUAUCGAACCUUUUCAUCGCUACAUCGGACCAGACAUGUUGACCGAUCUCACUUUCCCAUUCUUUAAAGACACCAUCCCUAUGUGGGCUGUCCCGAUUAUUUGUGUAUUGGUUCCUAUAUGCAUCUUCACUGUCUACUAUUACUUCCGGAGAGAUGUUUAUGAUCUUCACCACGCCAUUCUCGGUCUCGCAUUCUCGUGUCUAGUGACUGGAGUCACCACUGAUUCCAUCAAAGACGCGGUCGGUAGGCCACGACCUAACUUCUUUUACCGAUGUUUCCCCGAUGGUAAACCGAAAUUUGACCCGGAUACUAAAGAUGUUGUGUGCCAUGGAGUUAAAAAGAUAAUCAAAGAAGGUUACAAGAGUUUUCCUAGUGGUCACACUUCGUGGUCAUUCGCCGGUUUAGUAUUUCUAGCGUGGUACUUAUCGGGAAAAAUCAAAGUAUUUGAUAGACAGGGACAUGUGGCGAAGCUAUGCCUCGUGUUCUUACCGAUACUCGUCGCAAUUCUCAUCGGAAUAUCACGAGUCGAUGACUACUGGCACCAUUGGACCGACGUCUUCGCCGGAGCUAUCAUCGGAAUAUUCGUCGCGUCUUUCUCUUACCUCCACUUUUUUCCUUAUCCAUACGACGACAAUGGAUGGGCUCCACACGCGUAUUUUAGAAUGUUGGCCGAGAGGAGUGGUCGAGCCACGACGAUGACUAGGAGCAGUUCUAGGGGAAUGUUGGACAAUGAUGUCGAGCGUGGCUCCACCUCCUCGCCGCACCGACAAAGCACUGAUUCUGAAUUUUGA